GACAAAUAAUAGCGCGCAUUUAAGUUGAUGUACAUACAUACGUAUGCAUAUUCAUCCAAACAUAGCGGCUGCUGAGUGAGUGCGAAGAUGUCGGAAUGCGCGAAAUGCCGAAAAGGCGUCAGAGGAGAGUCGGGUGUGCGUUGCCAAGGUGUGUGUGGGAAAGUGUACCAUAGAACGCAAGCAUGUGCGUCGGCUGACGAUUACAGCCUAAAGGCACUAGAGAACUGUCCCCUCCUACGCUUCAUGUGCGACAACUGCAUGAUGUACAUAGCCAAUGUGGAUGAAGCUCUUAGAGAAAUGAUAGGUAUAGCUGAGGCCAACAACAUGAAUGUAAUAGAACAAAAAACAGAUAUUGAAAAAAUGUUAAAAAAUCACAGCAAAGAGGUAAAAAUUUAAUACGCCUAAAAUUUUGUUAGCGCACAUAAACGCUGAAUAUUCUGAGACGGAGAUAAUAAAUAAGAUAAAAGCUCAGAAUAGCUAUUUAAAUGAUGCGAGUUUGAAAUGUGUAAAAAUAUUUAAGUCCAGGCGCAGUGGUGAGGCAUUUCCUUCAUUCAGUGCAAUAAUAGAAAUUGAGCACAAAUUCUUCCUGCAGGUAUUGGAGUCAAAGAGACUUAAUAUUGGGUGGGAUCGAUGCCCCGUCUAUGAUGGGCAAACCGUGAGAAGAUGCUACAAGUGUCUGGGCUUCAACCAUAGCUCUAACAGCUGUAACAAAAAGCUUAGGUGUAGCAAAUGCAUGGGAGAGCACAAGUCUGAAAGUUGCACUGACAGUAGCCAAAAAGAAGUUUGUGGAAAUUGUUGUGAUGCUGUUAAAGAGUUAGGGCUAAACCUGGAUGUAGCGCACAACGCAUUUAGUCGUGAAUGUCCUGUCUAUAUUACGAAACUGAAACUAGAGAAACAAAGAGUAGGAUGUUAGCAAUUAGGUGUAAUGGAAAAGCGUAACAGUUACUUAAAAUGCGUGUAUCUUAAUAUAAAUAGUAUAAUAGCCAAUAAAGCCGAGCUUGAAAGGCUUCUUGAGACUGUUGAUCCGGAUAUAGUUUUAUGCUCCGAAACAUGUACAACAGAGGAAAUAAACGACUCCGAAAUCAAGUUUCCAACUUAUCAGUUUAUUAGAUGCGACUCGUAUAGUAGACACACUGGCGGGGUAAUUGUAAUUUUGAGAGACACAAUAGACUUU